AUGGCGAUUUUGGCGCUCACCACGUCUCUCAAGGACAUGCGCGAACGAAUCAGUAGAAUUGUGAUCGGCUCCGACACUCAUGGAAAGGCCGUGACAGCUGAUGAUAUCGGAGUGACCGAUGCCCUUACGGUGCUGAUGCGAGACACAGUGCGUCCAAAUCUGAUGCAAACACUCGAAGGAACGCCUGUCUUCGUGCAUGCAGGACCAUUCGCCAACAUCGCCCAUGGACAAAGUAGUAUUCUUGCGGAUAAGGUUGCCCUCAAGCUUGUCGGAGAGGAUGGAUAUGUUAUCACCGAGGCUGGUUUCGGUGCAGACAUAGGAAUGGAAAAAUUCUUUAAUAUCAAAUGCAGGUGUUUCGGAUUACAGCCAUCUGCCCGUAUUUUAAGUAGCCACCGUUCGCCUUGA